AUGGCCAUUGUAACCAACUCAGACACCAUACAACAUAAUCUAGGUGACGGUAAAACUGCUCGGGAAGUGAUCGGCUCCCGGAGCCCUGGAAGCCUGGAGCACAGGUCUGCUGCCGGUAUGGAUCAGAAAGAGAACGUUCAGGCGGCAGAUGAGAUUGAUCUCAAAAGUCCAAACUGUACUGCUACAGAUUUCAGGUCAUUCGAGGAGUCAUGGCUCAUAUCUGCAAUGGUUUCUUGUUUCGGGCUACAUAUGCCCAUACCGAUCUAA